UCCGAGGAAGCGCUGGGCUGGGGCCCAGCAGGUGUGGGGUUAAGGCAGCCCGUUCCGGGCCCCUGGAACAGCAGCGGCGGCAGCAACUGCACCAGCGGCGGCGGUGGCAGGCCUGGCCCCGGGCCAGCUGGCCGGGAGCCCCAGGAGCGAGAGAGGGCGGAGGAAGGGGAGGAAGAGGGGAAGGAGGAGGAGAGGAGCCGUCAGCAGGCCCGAGGAGGCAGGACUUCCUGGUGUGGGGGUUGUCAACAGCCCAGAAGAGAAAGACCGAGAGGAGCGGAGUAGCGGAGAGAGACCCAGCGGUGCCACGCGGGAGGAGACUUGGGAGGGCCACUCGCCGCGACCACCGAGGCGGCUCGGUCUGGAGGAUCGGGGGGCUGACCCACCCUCUUCCGCAGCAGUCCGCACACCCUUGGGGCUUCACGGGCCGCGCCUGGGCCCCUACCGAGGAGGCGGGGGUUCCUUUUCUGGACGGCAAACUUUCCGCGGAGAUGCCUUGCGGGGCGAGGUGCAGCCCCCGAAGAGGACCGGACAGCCUCUGAGCGCCACCUGCGCCCCCCGCGCUCCUGGGGCCAGGGGGCCCCAGGGAAAGGACAGCUCAACGUCUUGGGCGGCCGGGACCCCCCCGGCCCCCGCCCCCGCCCCCGGCCCCGCUCGGUGGCCGCGGCCGAGAGUUUGCAAACUCAGCUCUGGAGUUUGGAGGCAGCGACAGCAGCAGGAAAAACCUGCCCCUGCCCUCUCCCUCCCCCCUGCCUCCCCUGCCCUGUUCCUUCAGCAACCAGGCACCCCCAGUUCCUGCAGGGCCCUCCUGCCAUGUCGGACCCAGACAUCCCCAGGGGCCCUGAUGUCCCCGCCAUGUGGCCCCCCUGUUCUAGGGGUGCCUGAGCCUCUCCAAGAGCUCCCUCCCCCCCCACCCCCCUGCCCACCUUGGCCAGUCCUGAGACCCAGGGACCAUGAGUGGGGGCAGGAAGAAGAGUAGUUUCCAGAUCACCAGCGUCACCACGGACUACGAGGGUCCAGGGAGCCCAGGGGGUUCAGAUCCCCCUGCCCUGCCAGCCCCCACUGGGCCACCGCCCCGCCUGCCGAAUGGGGAGCCAAACCCCGAACCAGGGGGCAGGGGCACCCCCCGGAAUGGCUCCCCACCGCCUGGGGCCCCAGCCUCCCGCUUCCGGGUGGUGAAGCUACCCCAAGGCCUGGGAGAGCCUUAUCGCCGAGGCCGUUGGACUUGUGUGGAUGUUUACGAGAGAGACCUGGAGCCCCCUAGCUUCGGCCGGCUCCUGGAGGGAAUUCGAGGGGCCUCAGGGGGCACAGGGGGCAGGUCUUUGGAUUCCAGGUUGGAGCUGGCCAGCUUGGGCCUGAGCGCCCCUGCCCCACAGCCAGGCCUGUCUCAGGGCCCCACCUCCUGGCUCCGCCCGCCCCCCACCUCCCCUGGACCUCAGGCCCGCUCCUUAACCGGGGGGCUGGGCCAGCUGGCAGUGCCUAGCAAGGCCAAGGUGGAGACACCCCCCCUGUCAGUCUCCCCACCCCAGCAGCGCCCCCCAGAGCCCGGGACAGGGGAUAGCACGGGCACGUCCCGGGCUGCCACGCCCCUGCCCUCCUUGAGGGUAGAAGUGGAGGCAGGGGGCUCAACAGCGGGGACCCCUCCACUGCCCUGGACGAAGGAUGGAGCCCUGCGACUGAGGAUGGAGGAGACGGGGCAGGUGCCCCCACUCGACUCUCGCCCUGGCUCCCCCGCCCUCUACUUCUUCCCCGAAGCCAGUCUGGUUCGCAAGUCUCCAGACCCCUUUGGAGCAGCAGCUGCCCAGAGCCUCAGCCUCGCCCGUUCCAUGCUGGCCAUCAGUGGCCACCUGGAUAGCGAUGACGAUAGUGGCUCCGGAAGCCUCGUUGGCAUUGACAACAAGAUCGAACAAGCCAUGGACUUGGUGAAGUCCCACCUCAUGUUUGCGGUCCGGGAGGAGGUGGAGGUGCUGAAGGAGCAGAUCCGGGACCUGGCCGAGCGGAAUGCCGCGCUGGAGCAGGAGAAUGGACUGCUGCGUGCCUUGGCCAGCCCCGAGCAGCUGGCCCAGCUGCCUUCCUCGGGGGUCCCGAGGCUCGGGCCCCCAGCGCCCAACGGGCCCUCAGUCUGAGCCUCCCUUCCCUCACAAUGUGCCUUUGGGGGCUGUCACAGCUGCUAGACCUUGCGCCAGCUGCCUGCCCCCUCUUCCUAUGCAGCUUUAAUGUCCCUUGAUCCCCGGGGAUGGGAGUCAAAGGCUCAGAAGUGGCCUGUCCCCCACCCUUCCUCCGUCUCCCCCCAGUGCCCAGGGACCGGACUGGGCAUCCCUAGGCGUUGAUGAAGGAGGGAGGGUAUCAGGAUGGGGUGUUAGAUGGAGCCCCCCUCCUCCCUCCUUGGGCGUCGGUGUUCUGGGACCCCCGGCAAUAGAUGGCUUGGGGAGCAGGAGGCUCCCUGGCAGACAUCCCAUCCCCUCCUAGUUCCCUGAGUGCCCCCCUCUCCUCUGCCCAGGGGAGGGAGUAUGGACAGUAUCUGCAAGUUCUGGGAUUCAGGUUGUUAUUAAAAUAAUAAUUAUAAUUAAAAAAUCCGGAGAAACUUGAA